AGGUCUGUGUCAAGUGGGUGUGGAAAGGCGCUGUGUUUUUUUUUGAUAAGCGAGUCCGCUUCCCGGCAACAGGGCGGCUACUGGGCACAGAGCCGGCGGGGGAAAGUCUUGUAAAUCCGAAUGCCUGAACUUAAUCCUUUCAUUGAUCAGGGUCUGCUUCUCAUGAGACCGCCCUUUGCUUGGAUCUUGGUUCGGUUUGUACUGGGAAUCUUCGCUGAGACGCCACAGUCUUUGAUCUCGCCAGCGGUUCGCAGUGGAUGUUGUGUGGAUCUCGUGGAUGAGUUUGGCUUCUGUCCACAACGCAGUUUUUGUAAUCCAGACUGUUACAGGCAGUGGUUUAAGAAUGGAAGCUCCACCUGCCUCAGGUGUGUUAACGGGACAUCAACGUAUUCAUCGACCAAUCAGACUGGGUGUGUUAACUUAAGUUCCAGCAGUGAAGGCAGAGGAACAAAUGGCACCACCGUGGGCCCAACCACCCUUAAAACUGGAGGAGCAGAGAUCGCCGCCUCAGUGUGCCUGGGAACUCUGGCCACCGGCUCCCUCGUCAUUCUCUCUGUAGCUGCUUUUUUCUACCUCAAGCGGUCGAAUAAAUUCCCCUGUUUGUUUUACCGACAAGGCAAAGAUUCGAUACUGCAACCAAGUGAAGUGGUGGGAAUGGUGAGGAGCUCCGUCGGAUCAGUCCGAAAGCAGAGAUAUUCAAGAAGGGAGCGGCUCUCUGCCUCUGUGACCUUGUCUGCCUCCACAGCCAUGAAUGACGUCUGACUUGUCCCACCAGUGCCAACUGCGUGCGCUCAAGAUGCAGUAUAAUAAUGUACGGGGUGUUUGAGGAAUCGCUGCCGCGGAGGGCUGUUACCACGCCCCUUGCCAUUCACGGGCCCACCGCACAUUUGCCCGACUCCUUGCUGCCAAUGAAAACUGCCACCAGUCUCCUGUGGCCACUCGGGUGACGAUUAGUGGUGUAACAGAAGUCAGUGCAGGUACAAUCCUUCACGGUGUGAUCUGGGCUGUCCUGUAACUCACGGUAUUGGUGUGACAGUGCAAGCACUGGCUUCUUCCCGGGGAUGCCUCUCCAACUCUACUGUCAGCUUUAGCCUUCAAGAAUAUUUAUUCGCAUCAGUCUGUAAGCACUGCCAAGUUUAAAAGGAGCUUUGAGCAUUUCCCCCUCUCCCUGACGUUUGCCAGCGUGUGUGCAGGUCGUUCAUGCCUCCGGCUUCAGCCUGACGUUACCACAGUCACCGAGUCGUACGGUGUGGAAACAGGCCCUUCAGCCCAGCCCGUGUUACUAGGCUCUUCUCAGCCGCGCUGAAGGCAACACAAACUGAAGCACCAUAUUAAAGGCUGAUCUUUACUUAGUUUCCAGCCUAGCUUGUUAUCGUUCUGAGGGUAGAGAGGAUACCUGGAUCACACUUCUACCUAACAUUUAGGUGUACUUGAUUGAUAGUAUUCUGUGUA